AUGGUGCAUGGCAGAAACCAUGGCAAGAAACCAUGGCAAGAAAAUUAUGCCAGAAAACCAUGGCAAGAAACCAUGGCUGGAAAUCAUGGCAGAAAACCAUGGCAAGAAACCAUAGCUGGAAAUUAUGCCAGAAAACCAUGGCAAGAAACCAUGGUGCAUGGCAGAAACCAUGGCAAGAAACCAUGGCAAGAAAAUUAUGCCAGAAAACCAUGGCAAGAAACCAUGGCUGGAAAUCAUGGCAGAAAACCAUGGCAAGAAACCAUAGCUGGAAAUUAUGCCAGAAAACCAUGGCAAGAAACCAUGGUGCAUGGCAGAAACCAUGGCAAGAAACCAUGGCAAGAAAAUUAUGCCAGAAAACCAUGGCAAGAAACCAUGGCUGGAAAUCAUGGCAGAAAACCAUGGCAAGAAACCAUAGCUGGAAAUUAUGCCAGAAAACCAUGGCAAGAAACCAUGGUGCAUGGCAGAAACCAUGGCAAGAAACCAUGGCAAGAAAAUUAUGCCAGAAAACCAUGGCAAGAAACCAUGGCUGGAAAUCAUGGCAGAAAACCAUGGCAAGAAACCAUAGCUGGAAAUUAUGCCAGAAAACCAUGGCAAGAAACCAUGGUGCAUGGCAGAAACCAUGGCAAGAAACCAUGGCAAGAAAAUUAUGCCAGAAAACCAUGGCAAGAAACCAUGGCUGGAAAUCAUGGCAGAAAACCAUGGCAAGAAACCAUAGCUGGAAAUUAUGCCAGAAAACCAUGGCAAGAAACCAUGGCUGGAAAUCAUGGCAAGAAACCAUGGCAAGAAAAUUAUGCCAGAAAACCAUGGCAAGAAACCAUGGCUGGAAAUCAUGGCAGGAAACCAUGGCAAGAAAACAUGGCAAGAAAAUUAUGGCAGGAAAUCAUGGCAGGAAACCUUGCCAGGAAACUAUGUCAAGAAGCCAAGGCAAGAAGCCAUGGCAGGAAGCCAUGGCAAGAAACCACUGGAAAAAACCAUGGCAGGAAAUCAUGGCAGGGAACCAUGCCAAGAAACCAAGGCAAAAAAUCUUUUCAAGAAGCCAUGGCAGAAAACUGUGCCAAGAAACCAAG